AUGCGGCCCCCGCCGCCGUUGCUGCUGCUUGCCGCGCUGGCCGCCGCCGCCGCCCGGCCCGGGUGCCCGCUCGCCCGGGGGCCCGCCGGUGAAUGCCACGGGCCGUGGGCUGCACACAGUGCCACGUGUGUGGACAUGCAGCUCAGGACCUGCAGUGACGUGGCCUAUAACCAGACGACCUUCCCUACCCUGCUGGAGCACCGGUCCCGGGAGGCAGUGGAGUCCAGCUCGGAGUACAUCCUGCUGAGCGUCCUGCACCACCUGCUGGAGGGCCAGUGCAACCCUGACCUGCGGCUGCUGGGCUGCGCUGUGCUAGCCCCCCGCUGCGAGGGCGGCCAUGUGCACAGGCCCUGCCGGCACGUGUGUGAGGGGCUGCAGGAGGCCUGCCAGUCCGCCUUCGACGCCAUCGACAUGGCCUGGCCCUACUUCCUCGACUGUGGCCACUACUUUUCAAGUGUGGAGGAGGGCUGCUAUGACCCCCUGGAGAAGCUGCGAGUGGAGCCUGAGGUGAAGCUCAUCGGCAACAUCCAUGGCAAUGAGGUGGCAGGGCGGGAGAUGCUCAUCUACCUGGCCCAGUACCUGUGCUCCGAGUACCUGUUGGGCAGUCCCCGUAUCCAGCGCCUGCUCAACACUACCCGCAUUCACCUGCUGCCCUCCAUGAACCCCGACGGGUACGAGGUGGCGGCUGCCGAGGGCGCCGGCUACAACGGGUGGACAAGCGGGAGGCAGAACGCACAGAACUUGGAUCUGAACCGCAACUUCCCCGACCUGACGUCUGAGUACUACCGCCUGGCCGAGUCCCGCAGCGUGCGCAGUGACCACAUCCCCAUCCCACAGCACUACUGGUGGGGUAAGGUGGCCCCCGAGACCAAGGCGAUAAUGAAGUGGAUGCGCACCACCCCGUUCGUGCUCUCGGCCAGCCUCCAUGGGGGCGACCUGGUGGUGUCCUACCCCUUCGACUUCUCCAAGCACCCCCAGGAAGAGAAGAUGUUUUCUCCCACGCCCGAUGAGAAGAUAUUCAAGCUGCUGGCCAGGGCCUAUGCUGACGUCCACCCCAUGAUGAUGGACAGGUCGGAGAACAGAUGCGGCGGCAACUUCCUGAAGAGGGGCAGCAUCAUCAACGGGGCGGACUGGUACAGCUUCACUGGAGGUAUGUCCGACUUCAACUACCUGCACAGCAACUGCUUCGAGAUCACGGUGGAGCUGGGCUGCGUCAAGUUCCCCCCGGAGGAGGCCCUCUACACGAUCUGGCAGCACAACAAGGAGCCCCUCCUGAACUUCGUGGAGAUGGUGCACCGCGGCAUCAAAGGUGUGGUGAUGGACAAAUUUGGCAAGCCGGUCAAAAACGCCCGGAUUUUGGUCAAGGGCAUCCGCCAUGACAUCACCACAGCCCCAGAUGGCGACUACUGGAGACUGCUACCUCCGGGGUCCCACAUCGUCAUAGCUCAGGCCCCCGGCUACUCCAAGGUCAUCAAGAAGGUCACCAUCCCCGCCCGGAUGAAGAGGGCUGGCCGCGUGGACUUCAUUCUCCAGCCUCUGGGCACCGGACCCAAGAAGCUCCUCCUCGGGCCACGGAGAAAUGGGUCUGGGCCCCGAGACCCCCCGGGAGGUGCCAGCCCAUACGGGGAGCCCGAGGAGCCGGGCUGGGAGCCCCUCGGGGGACGGAGGCAGCCCUCUGCGGGCGGGAGUAAGCCGUGGUGGUGGUCCUACUUCACAUCCCUGAGUCAGCACAAGCCGCGCUGGCUGCUCAAGUACUAGCUGCCCCCCACCCUCUGGCCCAGAGGCUCCAGGCUCUUGAUUUUGUCUUCGGAAGACACCUUGUAAAGCUGUUUCUGUUUUAUUAAAGUCAUUUUAU